AUGUCUUCUUCCUCUGUAAAUAAAAAAUCUUCUCUGCCAAAAAACCAAACCAAUAAAGAUCCGGAAUUAAAAGUGCGCUCAUCGACGCUUUCCAAUGUUUCUUUCCCUUAUGCUGCUCAACCUGAUAUAGGUAUUCAGACAUUGGGCGAAGAAUCUUGUGAUAUAAUGCAGAUUUCAGAAACAUCUAAACAAGCCCCAUCUAUAAAGAAUCGAUCAAUUUUAAUAUUCUGGCAUGUGGUUUUUCCAUAUCUGUACACACGGGGUGUCACUAAACUACGUAGGCAUUCACGUCCAUCCACAGAGAUAAAUUCUCAUAAUAGUAAUAAUAGUAGUGAUAAAUUACGUGAACUUAUUAACGCAUUACUUGCAAUUAUUCCAUCAUUCCUAAAAAAUAAUAUCCAUGCAUUGCACCUCGCUAUAUUUUAUUUUUGCGGCGCAUAUUACAGUUUAUCAAAACGAGCAUUGAAUCCUGGAGAGCAACGUAUUGGAUACGAAGUUCUCGGGUUUUUGCUUAUUAUUCAACUUUUUGUUCAAUCAUAUCUUCAAGAAAGACGCGUAAAAACUGCUUCUGCGAAGAGUGAUGGUUUAAACGAUUAUGAUGAAGAUGCUGAUAAUGAACCAGAUUUUACUUUGAUAUCAGUAUCAGACCUCACGCCUCAAGAAAUUGCAGCUCGCAGAUGCACUCUUUGUCUUUCACAGCGUAAAAAUACGACGGCGACUACUUGUGGUCAUUUAUUCUGUUGGUCUUGUAUUAUUGAAUGGUGUCAAAAUAAGCCUGAAUGCCCAUUAUGCAGGCAAUAUGUUAAUAUUUCACAUCUACUUCCUAUUUAUAAUUACUGA